AUGGCUGCAUCUCGAGGACUAUCCAGGUUCGAUCGAGUCAACCAAUGGUUGCAGUUUGCGAGGCAGUGGCACAUAGUUGAUGCUGAUCAUCAGGAUGCAUUUAAACUGGGCAACCACGUUGCAAAACACUUAGCCGGAAAACACAAGCCAAUAUGGCAUCGAGAAACGGACUGCGGUGAUCAUGUGGUGGUUGUGAAUUGUCGACAUGUGGCUAUGCAUGGAUUUGAUUGGAAGCACACUUUAUAUCACUUCAAUAAGGAGUACCCAAAAUCAAAAGUCGACAUUCCCGCUUACGAAAUACACGAAUAUGAUCCGUGCCGAAUCGUUUAUCUUUCAGUUUAUAAGGCACUAGGAAAUAAUGAGCUUCGCCGUCGUCACAUUCAGCGGCUUCAUCUUUUCCCGGACAUGGAGAUGCCAGAUUUCGUGCGAGAAAAUUUGGGCAGUCAGCUGGAACAAGUUCAGCGAGUUCCAAAACGAAGUGACGAAUACACUCCAGAAGAGCGUGCGAAUUUCCCCAGGCUUAUAAGGUAA